AUGGGAAAGUUGUGUCGACGGAUUUUGCACGGUGAAGAGAUAGCACGGAAACGAAUGCAACGCAAUUGGACGUUAGUCUCAUACGGUAGCGUAUGCAAGUAUAAACGCUGUGAUGCUAAUGAAGAUGGAACUGUAUUGUGGGAAACGCAGCUGAAAGCACCUGUUUUUGCGUCACCUUUGAUGGUGGAUGAUGGCAAUGUAGAAAAAUUGUUGAUUGUCGACGUAAAAGGGAAUAUCUAUUCGUAUGAACCAUUCACGGCAAUGAAGAUCGAUCAGAUCGCAACUGAAGAAGGCGUUUUCGCUGCGCCUGUGAUGCUCAGCAAGCAAAUCGGUGUUGUUGUAACACAAAACAGUUCAGUGAUCAUCAUUCAUGUGCAGUCAUUAGCCGUCUUAGUUCAUCUCAAAAUUGGUUCAUCUCCAUUCGUACGAUCGCCUUUUAUUGACACGAGUAUUGACACGCUAUUCUUAUUGAAUACCACUGGACAACUAUUUGAGCUCAAGUUUAAUGAGAUUAACUUCACAUCUCCGCAUUCAACGAACACAGCUGAGAGUUUGCGAUCCAAAGAUGAUCAUGAACUGAUUCAAAGGGUGAAUCCAGCUCAUCGGGUCGAGAUCAGACGGCAAACGGAUUCAUCUGUUCGGCAUCUGAACAGCAAAUCAUCUUUAGCAAACAGCAUAGAAUUGUCGUCUUCACAUGCAUCUGACUCAUCUAACACCAUUAAUCAGUCGGAAGCAAAUGUGAACAAAUUGAUUCGAAGUGUUGAUUUGAUACUUUCACAGAACACAGAAACGUUCGGUGGUGUGCUGAUAAUGCAGGAGAAAUUUUGUGAUCAAGCACAGUGCAUUGUCUACAGGGCUUUGAUUGGAAGCCGUAAUGAUCGUUUGGGUUGUUUUAUUUUUACGAGAAAAGUGGUUUGA